CCCAUCCUCGCUGAAACUGCUCCGCAGCAGCCACAGUUCCUGCCACCGUGAAGAUGUGCCCUGGGAACUGGCUCUGGGCCUCCAUGACUUUUAUGGCCCGCUUCUCCCGAAGCAGUUCAAGGUCCCCUGUCCGUACCCGAGGGAGCCUGGAGGAGAUGCCUACUGUUCACCAUCCCUUCCUCAACGUCUUUGAGUUGGAAAGGCUCCUCUACACAGGCAAGACGGCCUGUAACCACGCUGACGAGGUCUGGCCGGGCCUCUACCUCGGAGACCAGGACAUGGCCAACAAUCGCCGGGAGCUCCGUCGCCUGGGCAUCACCCAUGUCCUCAACGCCUCACACAGCAGGUGGCGAGGCCCCCCUGAGGCCUAUGAGGGACUGGGCAUCCGCUACCUGGGUGUCGAGGCCCAUGACUCGCCAGCCUUUGACAUGAGCGUCCACUUUCAGACCGCUGCGGAUUUCAUCCAUCGGGCACUGAGCCAGCCAGGAGGGAAGAUCCUGGUGCACUGCGCCGUGGGAGUGAGCAGAUCCGCCACCCUGGUGCUGGCCUACCUCAUGCUGUACCACCACUUCACCCUUGUGGAGGCCAUCAAGAAGGUUAAGGACCACCGGGGCAUCAUCCCCAACCGGGGUUUCUUGAGGCAGCUCCUGGCCCUGGACCGUAGGCUGCGGCAGGGUCUAGAGGCGUGAGCUGAAAGCAAUCAGGCCAGAUCCCUGGGCGCUUUCCUGGCUCCCCGCUGGGAAGAGAAAACCCAGGUGGCAGGCAGGAGAAAGGCCAGACAACCCAUCCUCCCCCAGUGGCAGGAGAGUGAAGGGCCCCAAGACCAGUGGCUCUUUGUGGAUGGGAAUGGAGAGCCAGGAUGGGCAGGGUGGUCCGUGGGGGGGCUGCCGACCGGGGAAGGAAGUAGCUGGUCUGUAAGAGGAUGCCUCUCUGAUUAAGACAGCCCUGGGUUCCAGCAGGGAGUGCCCAAAUGACUCAGAACCUCUUCCCCUCAUUGUGUUCACGUGUCCCCCCUUUCACUUUCCAAACAAAAGCACCGCUGCCCUGCAGUACCUGAGCAGUGGGGGGUGUCAGGGGUGCAGUUACAUGACCGUGAAGGAAGGUGGUACAGGUCGCUGAAAACGAGUCCAUCGGUGAUGGAGUGGUGUGAAAACCACAAAUGCAGAGGGAGAUACCUACUGCUGUGCAACUCCAGGAAGAGGGGGUGUAUGAGGACUGACAUGACACCCUACGGGAGCUGCUCAGGGUCAAAAGACAUGAGUCUUUAGGU